AUGUUUAGACACGUAUCUCGUCGCUGCUUCUCACGCGAAAGCACACCAUAUGACAAGACCAUUAAGAACCUCCUCAUGCCCAAGGGCACCAAGGUGAUUUUCCAGGGUUUCACGGGUAAGCAGGCGACGUUCCACGCCAAGAUCUCGCAGGAAUACGGUACGCAAGUGGUCGGGGGAACCAACCCCAAAAAGGCCGGCCAGGUGCACUUAGGCCAGCCGGUGUUUGCAAGCGUGGCGGAAGCUGUGCGCGAAACGGGCGCGACCGCGACGGGGAUCUUUGUUCCUCCUCCAAUUGCCGCGCCCGCUAUCCGGGAAGCCAUUGAGGCGGAGGUGCCGCUAGCUGUGUGUGUGACUGAGGGUAUUCCGCAGCACGACAUGCUAUACAUCGCCGAGAUGCUGAGGACACAGGACAAGACGCGUUUGGUCGGUCCAAACUGUCCGGGUAUCAUCAACCCCGGCUCCAACGUUCGGAUCGGCAUUCAGCCCACGAAGAUCUUCACUCCCGGCAAAAUCGGCAUCGUGUCCAAGUCGGGCACGCUUACCUACGAGGCUGUGCAGCAGACCUCGCUUGUCGGGCUUGGCCAGUCGCUUGUGAUCGGUAUCGGUGGUGACGCUUUCCCCGGUACGGACUUCAUUGACGCGUUGAGACUCUUCAUGGAGGACGGCGUCACCGAGGGUAUCAUUCUGUUGGGUGAGAUUGGUGGUAAGGCCGAGAUUGAGGCUGCUGAGUUCCUAAAGGCCUACAACCAGACCCGCGCCACACCUAUGCCCGUGGCUUCCUUCAUUGCUGGUACCGUUGCUGGCCAGAUGAAGGGUGUUAGAAUGGGUCACUCUGGCGCUAUCGUGGAAGGCUCCGGUACUGAUGCCGAGUCCAAGAAGGCUGCCCUACGUGCGGCUGGUGUUGCGGUUGUCGAGUCUCCCGGCCGUCUAGGGGAGGCUCUCUUGAAGCAAUUCCAGUAA